AUGGACGCCGCCUACUUGAGCACUCGCCAGACCGUGGUCAACUCGAAUGACCUCCCUCCCGGCUGGGUUAUACAGAAUGGACGAGCGAUUCCAUGGUGGUACAGUCGGACGGGCGUCAUCGUUAAGUGGUCCGUCUUCCUCGGCAUGACGACCCUCUUCGCAGCCUUCCUCAUCAUAGGCUACGCCCACGGCAAGCGCCGCCUCAGAAAGGGCCUCCUGCCCCUGGGCUACCACCGCUGGCUCUUCAGCCGCGCCCAGCUCGCCCGCGUCGACAGCAGGUACGCCUGGCCCGCCGCCACCUACAACACCUACCGCCCCGAGUACUACAACACCCACCCGCAGGCCCAGGGCGGCGGCUACUACGGCAUGCAGGGGAUGCCGCCCCCGACCUACGAUCCCAACUCGGCCCGGCCCCCCAUGUACGCACCGCCCGACGGCGGCAGCAAGGUCGAACCGUCGCAGGAGUACGGCGUCACGCCGCCGCAGGCCUCUGUUGCGGCGAACCAUACCGGUCAGCCGUACCCGUAUAGGGCGCAGUGAGGCAGAGGGCGAUCACUGAGGCGGGAGCGGAGGGGAGGGGAGUAGCGUGUGAUUUGACGUUGUUGCGAUGGCGAUCUUUUCGAAGCGUAGGAGGAAUAUGCAUUGCCGCUUAAAGACGAAACAAAGGCGAGAUGAGGCUGGAAAUCAUCAAGACGGGAGUGCGCAGCUGAAGAUGGGAUUUCACUAGGAUGUGAUUUCUCCGUCAAAAAGCUGUCAGAUCUCACACAUCGAGGCUGCAUGUCCAAAUAGAUGGGCCCCUGGAUGCUUUUGCAAAUAACUGUUGUCAAUUGUACAAAGCAGUAACUUCUACCAACACGAAUCGAAAUGAUACCAAUGAAAACGCCUAG